AUGGUCAAGCUCACCGAAGUCGAAGAUGAACAUUUCAAGGAAAAGCCUACAUCAACCAAGUCUGAUGCCUUGCUAUUGAGUGAUGACGAGGAUGAGGAUUACACCGAUACCGAAUCUGAGAUCUCUACAGAUUCAUUUGAUGACAAUCUCGACAACGAAACGCUGUAUGAGAGAAUUUGCGCUCUACAAGAUAUUAUCCCAGCCCAGUCCAGACACAAGAUCAGCAAUGCUUUCUCUUCCUUCUCUUCCUUUGCAAAAUCAACAAUUUCUUUUGGCGGAUCCGCUUUGUGGGUUGUAAGCACGAGUGCAUUUUUGCUCGGUGUCCCAUGGGCUCUUGCAUUAGCUGAAGAGCAACAAUAUGUUCAGAUGGAAAGGGAGCAAGGAAUGAUCAAAGGAGCCAAUGAGAUGUUGACUCCUGGUGCCACAAGCGCUCUUACCGCCCCUGAUUCCAUUGCUGUGGAGGGUAAACCUGCCUUGUAA